GAAAACCCUCAGAGCAUGAUUUCUUUCAGCCGAAGGCACACACAUAUGCAUGAACAAUUCCCUACUUGGCCAAUUGUAAUCUAGCUAUUUCGAGGCGACUCUCUUUCGGCGGAAGCCCUUUAACGAGGUUCCUUUUUUAGACGAUCAAUUUUUGCCAGUUAGAGUUUCAAUGUCAAACUCUCUUCAUAGCGGUGCACAUAGUGAGGACUUUAUAAGUGAGCUUCCAGACGAUAUCCUUGCUUCAAUUCUUUCUCGUACACCUACAUAUAUUGCUAUAAGGACAAGUAUUUUGUCAAAGAGGUGGAAGAAUCUUUACAAAUAUGUGUCCAAUGUAUCUCUAUCUUGUGAUGAUCUCUUGCGGGAUUACGCUUCGUCACAAACAACGGUUUAUAAGUUGCAAAGAUACUUCAGAAAUUUUCAUUAUGGGUCCAGAAUACGUUUUGUGAGUUUGAGGUGUUGCAUACCAAAACGAAGUGCACAUCAGUUUGAGCAACUCAUAUACUCUUUAGGGAAUUUAGGCAUUGAAGAGCUUCACCUAUGGUUAUCCUGCAAUGUGCCUUCGGAUUUUGCUUUGAGUUGUGAGUAUAUUUCUAUAAUACCAUCUGUCACUUUUCUAGUAUUGGGUUCUUGUCUUCUACACGCGAACUUACGUGAAAAAUUUGGGAUGGAACCCCGAGUCUUACGACACGCACUUCAAACCAUGGAACUAAGAGGCGUCACGGUACUUCCUGGAUCGUUGGAGUUCGUUUUAUCUACUUGUUUGAGGCUCCGCUCAUUGUACAUAGGUCAAUGUGAAACACCAUCUAAACUAUGUAUUGGUUGGGCCGACACGGAUCUCGAGUUGAAGAGUCUUGUAGUUGAAUAUUGCCGAGGUGCAGAGGAGAUUGAAAUAUACGCUACUAAUCUUCAGACACUUGAGUUCCAAGGCAACAAAAUGAUUUAUAUUAGAUUUGGUCACACCCCUUUGUUGCAGUCUUUAUAUCUUUCCAUUGAAAGUGAGAACAUUAUGGCUCAUGUGUUUGGGAGACUUGCUAAAGAUGUGUCAAGCCUUAAAUCAUUAACAUUUGAUUGUAAAGGUGAUUUUUAUCAGGAGAGCCAGAGACUAAUGAGGAUGGGAGGUAUUGAAAAAUUCAGCAAACUUGGGCGACUAGAGUUGAAUGUCAAUUGCAUGCCUAAGACAGAUCUACUAGCACUUCCUCCAUUUUUGCAAAGUUGUCCCCUACUACAAGAGUUUCACUUGAAUGUAUAUGAUCCCACUUAUGAUUAUGGGGAGGUAAAAGAGAGAGAGCCCAUCAUGGACAAACUACCUCAUCGUUAUUAUCACUUGAACUUGAAGAAGGUGAAUAUAUGUGGUUUUGAUGGGACUGAAAAUGAGAUGAAAUUUUUGUUGUACAUACUUAAAAGUGCAAUCAUAUUAGAGGAAAUGGUUAUUAGUAGCUCCGCCAAGAGUUAUCGCGGCUAUGGUAGGUGGUGGGAGCUAAAAAGGUCAUGGAGUGAAGAGACUUCUGAAGUGAUUCAAAGGCGAUUGCAAGACGAGGCCGUUUCCUCAAUCGCUCAACUCAUUUUUGAAAAUAAUGUCAUUUAAUGCCUGCCUGCCUGCAUGGUUGAAAAUUUGAACUCAUUUUUGGGUUUAUAUAUGGAGAUGAUAGGUUUGUGAAAUAGAAGAUCGAAUCUGUUUGGGAGUGGAUCAGUGGCCUCUGUUACAUUUGAUAAUACAUUGAAUUACAUCUUUUUAUAAGCGAAUUACAUCUUUUUAUAAGCAAGUUACAUAUUUAUACACGUGAGUUACAU